UUACAAUUAUUUUUUGAAGUUGUAAUGUCGAAUACAGGGCCUGACAAUUAUUAUUUUUUAUUUCUUAAAAAACUGCAUUCAACUAUUCAAGUCAUUCAGCAAUAUUUAUUUCUAUAAUAAUUUAUUGUUUUUUGGCCGUUUGAAAUAAAAAAAAAAUUCUAAUUAUUUUGAAUCCAUGUCUUAAUUCUUUUAAGACGAAUGAUUUUCAUAAUCCAAGUAUGAGAGUCAUUGAAUUUUUCAGCGGUAUUGGUGGAAUGCAUUUCGCCCUGAAAGAAUGCAACUUGGACAAUUUUGAAGUUGUCCUAGCUGUAGAUAUAAAUACAGUAGCAAAUGCAGUGUACAGACAUUUUUUUCCAUCGACUAACCUUAAAGAUUUGAACAUUCUUUCACUUAGCCCAGAACAAUUUGAUGCAUACCAUCCAGAUGUGUUAUUGAUGAGUCCACCGUGCCAACCUUUCACGAGAAAUGGUCUUGUCAAGGAUAUUAACGAUGAAAGGACAAAGCCACUGCUGCACAUUAUUGAAAAUAUAAUUCCGAAAUCGGAAUCGCUUAAAUAUAUUUUAGUGGAGAAUGUUAAAGGAUUUGAAAGUUCUUUGGCUAGAGACAAAUUAGUCACCGCUUUGAGUCAGUCGGGUUUUACAUUUAAAGAAUUUCUACUUAGUCCCACACACUUUGGCAUUUGCAAUUCAAGAUUGCGGUAUUAUUUAUUAGCCAAGAAGAAACCAUUAGAUUUUGCAAUAUCCUUACAAAAUGAUAUCAUAACUGAAAAUUAUUGGGACAAUAAACUGUGCAGCCGCGUUCAACAAGUUUCAGAUGUAUUGAGCGAAUCCGACACAGAAUUAGAAGAAUAUUUAAUUAAUGACAAGCAACUAUUAAAAGGCGGCAAAGCCUUGGACAUUGUUACCAAAGACAGUAAAAGAUCAUGUUGUUUCACUCGUUCAUACAGUUCAUAUUUAUGUGGCACAGGUUCAGUGUAUUCCAGUGUAUGCGAAGAAAAUAUCAAAGAAAUUAUUAAUAACAAUGACGAUAACUUAGAAGUGCUGAAAAGUCUAAAAUUAAGAUUUUUUACACCAGCAGAAGUGGCAAAGUUUAUGUGUUUUCCUGUAUCAGAUUUUCCAGUAAGCAAAAAAAAGGCAUACCAGCUUCUAGGAAACAGUAUAAAUGUUUAUGUUGUUUCUCGGUUAUUAUGUUUAUUAUUGCCUUAAGCCUUUAACUGAAGAUGUUGAAUGUAAACUAAUACAUUUUUCAUAUAUUUGUUUAAUAAAAUAAGUUCUGAAGUA